GCCUGAUGUGCAGGCAUGGGGUGGUCACCCUGCUCUGUUAGUUGCCAGCUGGGCUUGCAGCAGCGUGCCAAGUGCUAUGCUGACGGAGGCUGUCCUGGGCUCUCCUCUGUAGGAAUUGCAUGCAUUGCGCUGACGUUUGUGGAUGAGAAUGGCAGCCCCACCACGCUGCCCCACGGAGAGAGACCUGACUCUCCUAAGGUGCCCAUCAUGGACCUGCUGCGGGAUGCCGACUUUGAAAGCCUCACUGCAGUUAGCAAGCACCAGCCAGAGCCUGGCACCCAGCACUCAGAGCCCUGCGUGCUGGUGCGCCUGGACAUCUGGGAGAAGGGCAACAUUAGUCUGCUGCAGCUGUCGGAGAAGCUGCGUGGGGCUCUGCGCCAUGCUCUGUGCGAUGCCAUCAUGGAGUUCCUUGUGCUGCCAGCCCCACUCUGCGUGGAGGCUUCCUGCCCACUGAGUGCCCCAGACCUGGAGGAGCUGAGCUCUGCGGCAGGCCUAAGGAGAACCAUGUCAGAGACCAAGGGUCUGGCCAUGGGCACUGGUGGGGCUGGCAAAAGCUGUCCUCCACCCCUGCACUUCACCUCUGCCCCUUCAGCCAGCCCAGGGGAGCCGGUGACACCCACGAGCAAGCUGGGACGCCGCAGUUUCUGGGACAUGCUGAGCAAGCCUGAGUCCUCAGAGCUGGGCAGCCCCAAGACGACUGAUGACAUUGUGCUAGAGAGGCCAGAAGAGGCUCGCACAAGGCGGCGGCAUAAGACUGAGAAUGUCAAGCAGCACCUGAGCCAGGAUCGGGCCACAGCCACAGCUGAACUGGAGCAGGCACAGCGUCGCCGAGCCUGCCAGUUGGAAGAAGGAGAUGUAGGCACUAUGCACUCGCUCUUCAAUCAAACCUGCCAGCAGUGGAUGGCAUUUAUGAACCACCUGGGGUGCCCAUCAGUGCAACAGUGCUCAGCAGAGAUUGUGUCCCGUUUCCUCCUGUCCUCCAUUCUGGUGGAAGUGGUGAGCCUGGUCACUUCCCUAGCGAGUGACACCACUGUCAAGGUGUUUGAGAAGAUCUGCUGCCAUCGGAGCACUGCCUUCCUGCCCUAUAAACCUGGCCAGAGCGCCAGCCCUCGCCCUGCAGCUGUCAGACACUUCAUCCUGCUGGGACGCAACUUCCACCAGUGGCGCUGCAGCACGGAGCAGGACAGCAGCAGCGAGGAGGAGCAGCCAGUCCCACCUGCUCACAGGUUCAGACCUCACAAAGGGCUCCAGCGCUUCGAGGCCAUGGAAUUCAGCUCAGCAGAGAGAGGCUCUGACCCAAGCAUUGUUGGGCGAGACCUGGCACCCCGACAGAGGUUCCUCUUCAUGGAGAUUGUUGACAAAAAGCUGACGCUUUACACCUACAACUGGUCCCCAGACCUGGGGGCCAACUUGAACUGCUCACUCAUUCGUCUGCUGCAGUGGCAAAAUGCCCGCUCCCACAUCGUGCACUGCUUGAUCAGCCAGAAGAUGGGACUAUUCCACCACCACUGCUUUAUGGACCCACCGUGGCAUGAGGACAGCAAGCAGGAGCCAAAUCCUUUCCUGAACUCCACUUUGGAGGUGGAUGCACUGAUCCGGAGCUCGUGUCCCCCACCUAGCAAGGAGCAAGGCCGGCUGAGCAGCUCUGCACGCAGCCUGCCAUCUCUGCAUUUCCAUCCUGAUGUGGUGCCCUUUGACGAAGCUCUGCGGGAUGUUACCACUAUCAAACGCAUACCCCAUGGUCCAGAGUUGGGACCUUUUGACCCUGUGGCUCGACAUGGGGCCCAAUUCCUGGAAAUCAAAAGCAUGGAGAGGAAAGAAUUGGAGAAGCAGAUGAAGAUAGAAAAUCUCUUUGUGACCUGGCAGCAGAGAUCAGCACAGUCAAACAUGCCUAUCAGUCUGUCAGACCUGGAGACCCUGAAGCAGUCCUCACGCCUUGUUCACUACUGUGCUACCCCACUGCUCUUUGACCCAGCCUUCCGGCAGCAGAUCCAGACUGACCAGCAGGGCAAGGUAGAGGGGAAGAAGCGCCACCGCUCAAAUGAUUCUACAGCAUCAGGGAGAGACCGCAGCCACAGCUGUGAUUCGACAGAGUCACUGCCCUGCAAGCUGAAGGAGGAGCCCUGGCUGCAAGAGAUGUGCAAUGCCUUCUUGCAGCAAUACAUCCAGUACCUGCAGAGCAUGGGCUUCAUUCUGGUCCAGGUGCGGCCGCCCUCACCUACCACUCGCAGUAGCACAAGUCGGAUCCGAGCUCUGGCAGCAAUGGGUGUGGAGGGGAGAGGAUCCUUUUCCUAUACAAAGCCAAAAGCAGAAGGGAGUCCAAAGAGCACAACCCCUGCUGUUGCCACCUAUCAUCUGCAGAGAGCUCUUCCAGGUGGAAUUGUGCUGAUGGAGUUGGCCUUCCAGGGCUAUUACUUCUGUGUGAAGCAGUAUGCGUUGGAGUGCUCGCGGAUCCCCAUGGGCCAGUCUGUGAACUCUCAGCUCUCCAUGCUCUUUACAGAGGAGUGUGACAAGGUGCGGGACCUCAUGCACGUGCAUUCAUUCAGCUAUGACUUCCACUUGCGGAUAGUCCACCAAUAUCUGCUGGGCUCCCACAUGACGCUCCGUCAGGGGUACCAUCUCACUAGUUUCCUGGAGGACUUCAUUGCCCAUCACACUGACAUCCCCAAAUUUGGUCGCAACCAUGUUUUCCAAGGCAUGCUGGCCCUGCCCACCAACAUGAUCACUGCACACCAGCUGUACAACUACAUUGCUGACCAUGCCAACACCUACCACAUGAAGCCGCUGCGCAUGGCCCGGCCAGCUACUGGCAUUGACAACAAGAAGGGGACUCCAGGCACAGAGCAGAACGAAUAUGCACUGGUCUCUAUCUGGAACAGCUCAGGCUCCUACAAGGACUCAGAAGGUCUGCGUCACCAUGAUGAUUUCGAUGUGUCUCUUCUGGUGUGUCACAGCGCAGCACCAUUUGAGGAGCAGAGCGAAGCAGAGAGGCGCAUGCUCCGGUUGCGUUUCUACGUGAUCAUGACCAGCCAGAGGGAGCUAUUCCCCCGGCUCACAGCUGAUAUGCGGCGCUUCAAGAAGCUGCCACACUUGCAGCGAGAAGUGCUGGAGCCCGUGGUGGGCCCGGCAGCAUGGGAGGCAGCAGAGCCAGAGCCGAGCCUGGGGCGGCCACAGCCGGUGGAACGGGAGCUGUGGCAGGACGUGGAGGACAGCAGCGAGUUCUACGCUGGGGGAAAACAGGUCCAAGUGGGGCCAGGGCUCUUCUACACCUCACCGCUCUUCCCCUUGCUGGCCUCCGAGGUGGCCUCGGCCCAGAAGCAGCUCAGCAGCAUGGUGCAGCUGGCCAAGUGCCACUGCCGCAGGGACAACCUCUGGAAGCGUCUCUUCCUUCUGGAGCCUCUGGCCUCUGAUAAGUUGAAGUUGGGCAAGUUGUCGCUGGUGGAGCUGGAGGAGCUGCUUGAUGCUGUGCACGGGAAAUCCAUUGCGGAUGUGGACCCGCAGCUGGGAUGCUUCCUCACCAUGACAGUCUCCUGGUACCAGAGCCUUAUCAAAGUGCUGUUGAGCCGCUUUCCACAGAGCUGUCGGCACUUCCACAACGCUGAAACUGGCACCCAGUACCUGGUUGUGCUCAACCAGAAGUUCACAGAUUGCUUCGUUCUUGUGUUUCUGGAUUCUCAUUCAGGAAAGACGAGCCUCACCGUGGUUUUCCGAGAGCCAUUCCCUGUGCAGCCCCAGAACAGUGAGAGCCCUCUGCCGCAGCUCGUGUCCACGUAUCACCACCUGGAGUCAGUUAUCAACACUGCCUGCUUCAACCUCUGGACAGGACUGCUCUAGCAUUGCCACCACCUCCUCCUGCAGGAAUAGGCACUGCACCUGUGCACAUUUGUGCUGUGGGUGAUGAUGGAGAGGAACAGGCUGCUGGGUGAGACCUGUUCACAGCACUGCUGGCAGCAUGCACGCCACCAGUGUGAUGAGCCUGGGGCUGGGUGAGGGCAGCCCUGCUGCUCCCCUUGGGCUCCAGCCCAGCUGCACCUCCCUUAGUCAUUGGCUGGCUGCUGGUGACCCUGAGGACAGGUUUUAAUGGGUUUGAAUGGUCUGUGAAGGCCACGGACAGGGGGUUGGCUGUUGUAGCCUGGCUGAAACAGACUAAUUUUUGGGGAUGUUGACUUCGGCACCUGCAGUGACUUCUGUCCGAUAAGGUGUGGAGGUGCAGGCUGGUGGCACGGUGCCUUCAAGGGGAAACUUUGCACCUUCAGGCAGGGGGCACCUGCUUCCAGCCCUUUGCUCUCAAUAGGAGAGCACCAAGUGGGAUAGGAAGGGUGAAUGGACAUGAGGAAGGUUUUGUGGAGGUGUACACUAAAUGAUGAUACAUUAAAGCCAUGGAUAUAUUUGUGAAAUAAAUCGAAUCAUCUCCCCA